AUGGUGGAUAUGCUUCGUGGAGAGACUCUGAGAGUUGAUAAAGCUCAAAAUAAAUUGUGGUCUGAAGGCAAUCUAGUAGAAGAACCUGAAGAUCGAAGUAUAAAUAUUAAAGCAAGAAUUAGAAAUUAUGAGUUGGUAAAAGAAACAAUUACUGGCCUUGUAGAAGAUGAAGGAUUCUCCUACAUUCAAGAGGAUACAUUUUUUACAUGUCCUAACGGUCGUUUGAAAUUACGAGAAUAUAAUACCGGCGAAAGUUUGUUAAUGUUUGAUGUUGAAGCCGACAAGGAACUCUUUACUAAUUCCAAAUAUUGUUAUUCAGAAGUUAAGGAUUUAACAGCCACUAAAAACAUUCUGAAAUUAGCCUAUGGGAUUAAAGGAGUUGUAAGAACGGAGAGGCUCAUUGCCGAAUUUGGACAGACAAAAAUUUAUUUAGAUCGUGUGGCAGAUUUAGGCGAUUUUAUAGAAAUUUCGGUCGAUCUGACGCAUGAUCAAACCUUGGAAGAUGGCCAAGAGGUCGCUCGUGAUUUAAUGGAACAGCUAGAUAUAGGGCAAACUGAACUAGUGCACUCUAGUUAUAUUGAUAUGCUAACCGAGUUUGAUGACUGCCUUUAA